GGUUAAUGAGUUAUUAACAAGUUUUUCGGAGGUUACUUCGAAAAGAGGCUAUAUCGUGUCGUAUGUCAUAUUCUAGAAAUUCGGCUAAACGGAGUGGAAUGGGUGGAUGCGUAUGGGAUGUAAGUAGGAGGAGAGUAGCAUUGUAUAAAGGAAUUAUCUAUACAAAGUGUCAAUGAAUUAAUUAUUUUAAUAAAUUACUAAAUCGAUAUUUACGUAGACAAUAAAAUAGAAAAUUAUAAUACAGUGUUGAUAAAACAGCAUUUAUAUUCGCUACUACAUACGUACAUGUGUUUCGAAGCACGUGGAUAAAUCAAAAAGCUAACCUCUAUUUGUAAUUAUAUAUACUUUAUAUAUAUAUGUACUUUAUAUAUACGUUAAUCAAUCAUGGGAAGGAAACGGUUCAAUUGGAAAGCAAGACAUAGCGGGGAAGUUGAAAUUGACAACUCUGAUACGAAGAAGAUUACUUUGGAUAUUGAACACCGGAAAGAUAAUUAUGAUAAUUGUAACACGUUAGUUCUUCCGAACGAGAAGAGGAAAACGAAGAAUAAAGUUAAAAAAGUUACUGUCACACGAUUAUUAUCCAAAAAGCGUAGAAAACAAUUGGAAAAUGUUAUUGAGAAGAAAAAGAAGAAGUUACAAAGAGCUACACUUUUAGAAGAAUUAGCAAAAGUUCAAGCAACGCCACAAGAAUUACAGCAAUAUGUAUCAUUAACAUCUGUCCAAACCAAAGGCUUGAAACGCCAUUUUAGAGAAGUAGAUUUAUCUAUAAAGGAAUGUAAUGAUAAAAUAAAUAAUGAUUGUAAAAACGAAGACGAAGAAAUGCCAAUAAAUUCCAUUAAAGGUGGAAAGAAAAGGAGAUUGGCUAUUUUAGUAGAUGAGAGAAAAAUGGACGAUACUGUAUCUCAUCCAAAUGUUGUUGGAUUCGAUGAAUCCAGUGAUAGCGAAUCCAGUAAUGAAGAUGAUAAGCCUGAACAGGAAGAAAAUACUGUGAAAAAUAAUCGAAUAGAAGUUGGAAAUGGCAAUGCAAAGGAAAAUCUUGAGAAAAAUGUGCCAGAGAUUAUCCACAAAGAAAAAGAAACAACCAAAAAAUUACAAACACCGGUAGAAAAGAAGCCUGCAGUUUUUAUAAUGUUACAAAGAAAGCCAGAAAUUCAGGCAGCUCGACUAAAAUUACCAGUGGUAGCAGAGGAACAAGUUAUCGUGGAAGCAAUUAAUGAGAAUCCCGUUGUAAUAAUUACUGGUGAAACAGGAAGCGGUAAAACCACCCAAGUACCUCAAUUUCUUUACGAAGCUGGGUAUGCUCGAGACAAGAUAAUUGGAGUCACCGAACCCAGAAGGGUAGCUGCUAUGUCCAUGAGCAAACGUGUGGCCGAGGAAAUGAAUCUCACGCAGAAAGAGGUUUCUUAUUUAAUUCGUUUCGAGGGAAAUGUCGGGCCAGAGACAAAAAUCAAAUUUAUGACGGAUGGUGUUCUACUCAAAGAACUACAAACUGAUUUUCUGUUAACGAAAUAUUCUGUGAUUAUUUUGGACGAAGCGCAUGAACGGAGCGUGUACACUGAUAUCUUAAUAGGUUUAUUGUCACGAAUAGUACCGCUACGGAACAAGAGGAACAAUCCUUUGAAGCUGGUGGUAAUGUCAGCCACUUUGAGGGUGGAAGAGUUUGUAGAGAAUAAAAGAUUAUUUAAGGUGAAACCACCGGUAUUAACGGUGGAGUCUAGACAGUUUCCAGUUACAGUACACUUCAAUCGCAGAACUAGCUCCAAUUAUGUCACCGAUGCACUGCGAAAGGCGAUAAAGAUUCAUACUCGUUUACCAGAUGGUGGUAUUUUAUUAUUUCUAACAGGUCAACAAGAAGUUAAUCUCAUUGUUCGCAAAUUACGUAAAGCUUUCCCUGUAACGAGCAAGAGGAAAUUUAACAAGGUGUUAAAGAAGAAAACUGCACAAGAUGGAGAAGACAUCAAAGAGCAAGAAGUUCAAAACAAGAGCGAUGAUAACGAAGACUCGGAAGAUGAGUUUCCUUCGAAGGAGGCUUUACGUUAUAACAAAUUGAAACAGAAAAAGCAAAUUCAAUUGCCAAAUAUUAAUCUGGACGAUUACGAUGUAAUUCCUACCGACGAUACACACGAGGAUUUAAUCGGAGCAGAAAAUGACGACGAAAUAUAUUUAGACGAGGAUGAAGAUGAGGAUGAGAACGAUGAUGUUAUUGAUCUAAAUAUUUGUUCGAAUGCACAGCCAUUGUGGGUACUGCCUCUUUACUCUUUGUUGCCAAGUCAUAAGCAAGCCAGGGUAUUCGAACCUCCCCCGGAAGGCUAUCGUUUAUGCGUGGUAGCCACAAAUAUAGCAGAGACUUCUUUGACUAUUCCCAAUGUCAAGUAUGUUAUAGACUGUGGGCGCUGUAAAACAAGACUGUACGACAAGGUAACAGGUGUAAGCACCUACAGAAUCUGUUAUACUAGCAAGGCAUCGGCGAAUCAACGAGCAGGAAGAGCUGGUAGAACUGGUCCUGGUCACUGCUAUAGAUUAUAUUCUUCGGCGGUGUUCAACAAUCAAUUUGAGCAGUUCAGUCAAUCGGAAAUUCAACGGAAGCCAGUGGAUGAUCUGAUGCUACAAAUGAAAGUGAUGAACAUCGACAAAGUUGUGAAUUUCCCAUUUCCAACUCCACCAGAUAUCGUACAGCUGCAAACAGCUGAAACAAGGUUGUCGAUCCUUGGCGCAUUGUACCAGCCUUUACCUGACAAAGAAAAUUCCUAUAGCGCAAAAGUUACACCCCUUGGUCGCAGUAUCGCCGCAUUUCCGGUUGCUCCUCGUUUUGGAAAGAUGUUGACCCUAUCCCAUCAGCAUGAUCUCUUGAAGUACACUGUCUGCAUGGUUGCUGCGUUUUCGGUUCAAGAAGUAUUGGUGGAGGCCCUCGGUUCCGAUGGUGGUGCAAAAACGAAGUGGCUGCAAAUGAGACGUCAUUGGGCUGGAGCAGGAAACAGUUUACUUCUUGGCGAUGCAAUGGUUCUGAUAAGAGCAGUAGGAGCAGCUGAAUACGCUGGAAUUAAAGGUAAACUUCUUGAAUUUUGCGAGGAGCAUGGUUUAAGGCACAAAGCAGUGGUAGAGAUCAGGAAGCUUCGGCAGCAGCUCACAAAUGAGAUCAACUUGAAUAUACAGGAUCUUAAUCUAACGAUCGAUCCAAAAAUGAAACCGCCAAGCGAUACCGAAGUCAAGUUGCUCAGGCAAAUCAUUUUGGCUGGAAUGGCUGACCAGGUCGCGAAGAAGGUGAUGCCGGAUGAGGUCAAUGAAGAUCAGGACAAGGCUAAAUGGAAAUACGCUUACAAAACCUUGGACAUGGAGGACCCAGUGUUCAUGCUCUCAUCUUGCGUUCUUCGCAAGACGUGUCCUGAAUGGGUAGUUUACCAGGAGAUAUACGAGACCAAUAAAAUCUACAUGCGUGGCAUCACAGCCAUAGAACCAGAAUGGCUACCAAAAUUCGCUCCUUCCCUUUGUCAACUUGGAGAACCCUUGACCGAUCCACAACCAUGGUACGAUACAGAAACUGGAAAAGUUAUGUGCAGUAUCACUGGAACUGUAGGAAGGGCUGGAUGGAAACUACCAACGAUGGACAUGGAACAUCCGUUGACCAUAGAAGGAGUGAAGCGGUUCGCUUCUUUCUUUUUGGAAGGAAAAGUCUGUCCAAAACUGAAACGAUUCGUCCCUUCGUUACUUUCGACACCGCAAAGUAUUAACAAAUCGUGGGCGAAAUUGGUGCCGCGAACACAGGAAAUGUCUCAACUACUGCUGUCCCAUGCGAUCAUGUCGGAAGAAAAAUUACUCGAGAUGUGGAAGAACGAUAAGACUUUUCUUUUGUCCACCUAUCAGAAGUGGUUACCGGAAUCUGCGCAUGGAGAUGUCGCGGCAAUUUGGCCACCUAUAUAAUCAUUUUUAUACAUAAAUUACCAAUGUAUACGAUUUGUAUACACAGGGUGAGUCAAUAAGAAUUUCCACUGCAGUGUCAUAAAAUAGACACUCAAGUUUUUAUCGAGUUACCCUGCAUUUAUAUAUUCCUGAAUUUUGUAAUAUAUGAAAAUUUAAUACGGCACACGAUGUGCAGCAAAGCCUUACAAAAACGUACAAUUCAAUAAUCGUUUAUUUUCAAUGAAAAUCACAAGGAGUUAUUAGACGAGUUUGUAUAUAUAACGUGUAAUUAAAAGCGAGUUUGUAUAUAAGCGACAAAGACGAGUUUGUAUAUAUAUAUGUAACGUGUAAUUAAAAGCUAUACGUUAUUUUGAACAAAUAGAACGUGAAACAUUUUUCCACAUACACGAA